AUGAAGAACAAUUUUGAGUUUGUUGUGAAAAAGUCAGGAACUGAUGUGUGGUAUAUCACUUGUAAAGACUCUGAUUGUAGUUGGAGGCUUAGGGUGAAAAAACUAGUGCUAGCCUCCAUGUUUGAGAUUACUGCCUACAACAAUACACAUCCAUGCUCACUAGAACUCCAACAGAAAGACCACCGUCAAACAUCACCGUGGGUCGUGGACCGCCUCAUAAAAAACAAGUAUGCUAUUUAUGGGACUAGCUACAUGGAAAAGAACAUAAAAGAGGAUAUGAAGAACAAAUACCACAUCGAAAUGAGUUAUAUGAAGGUCAAGAACCCAGGUACAAUAACUGAUUUUGUGACAAAAGACAAUCGAUUCCUUUAUUGCUUAUUUUCCCUUGGUGUUUCCAUAAUGGGAUUCAAAUGGUGUCGUCCUGUGAUAUGUGAGGAUGACACAGUCUUGAAGAUAAAGUACGGUGGUCACAUGUUAUGUGCAGUUGCAUUGGAUGCAAACAACCAGUUGUAUCCAAUUGCUUUCUCAAUAGUGGAUAGUGAAAAUCAGAACUCGUGGACCUAUUUCAUGAGAAAACUAAAGGAAUCAAUUAGGGAUGUCAACAACCUAGACUUUGUAUCAUACAUACAUGCUAGUAUUAUACAAGCAUUGGAGAUUGUCUUCUCUAAUGCCUACCACGGUGCAUGCUAUCACCACAUCACUAUGAACGUGGCUGCUAUAUUCAAGACUGAUCACUGUCAUGAUUUGAUGUGGAAUGCAGCCUACUAA